UCCUAUUCGGAACAAAAUAGGACUUUGCUCAAAUGAUAAUUUAACGUUGGAGAUUUUGUGAAUUGUUUAGGAUCCCGUGUGUACGGAUGGUUGUACAAAAAUUUUAUAGUACUCAAUUUAAUUCGCCUACAUUGACUUUAUUUUUACUAUUCCCUUGUCGACAUUUAUUUGCAUGUGAAAAAUUACAUCGAAAGUUUUAUCGCCGAUAUUGUCGAAUGAAAUUACGUCAGUGUCCUAAUUUACAUUGUAAAUGAUUUAUAACGGGUCGUAAUGGACGAAUCUGAGGAUAAUUUGAGUGCAGAGGAUAUAAAAUUUGUUGACAGUACAAGUUCUAUCAAAAUUAAAUCUAAGAAGAAAUCUCUUGUUGAGAGGGAAUUGGAAACAAGUUUAACUGCAAGAGUGACAUCUCCUGUAACCAAUUGGGACAGUAGUAGCACUAGCCGUUAUGGGAGAGCUCAAAGGCUUAAAUCGGAGAUAGAUUCCAGUGAUUCUGAAAGAUCAGUCACAAAAGUUAUAAAGUCACCGAAGAUUGACAGAUCGCCGGUUCGAAUGCAGUCACCUGUAUAUAAAAUGCAUGCAUCUAAUUCACCGUUGAAUACAGAGAAUUCUAAGCAAAUAGAAAAUAAACUUGAAACUCAAAUUGAGAAUAUAUAUAAUGAAAAUAUAUCAUUAAGUCGUUUUGGACCCGAUGAAAAAAAAAUUAUAUCACCUGCUAAAAAGUUUCCUAAAGUUUACAUAAGACAGGACCUGAUUCAAAGUAAGGAAAAGGACAAAGAAGAGACAAUAACAUUAAUAAAAACACUCUUUUCACCUGUAAAAGUAAAUAACCCAUCCACUCAUAUGGGUAAUGUCUUAGAAAGGUCUUCCGAGAAAUAUAGCUUAGGUACAAAGCACCUUGAUACAUCAUCAGUGGUAAAAACAUUGGAUUUCGAUGGCAAUAAGAAGAAGAAAAAAGAAAUAAUAGAUAGUAAAAUAACAUUAUCAAAGAGUGAAAUUUUUGACAUGGAAGCAAAAUGUGAAUAUCAAGUUGGAGACUUAGCAUGGGCUAGAAUGGGCACAUAUCCAUUCUGGCCUUGCAUUGUCACUAGAGAUCCUGCCAGCGGAACAUUUGUAAAGAAGAAAUUAUUGGGUCGUUCGGAACGCGAAAUCUUACAUGUAACAUUUUUGGGUGACAAUGGUCGACGUGGAUGGAUAAUGCAAAGCAUGCUACGAAAGUUUCUCGGACAACUAGAGUUUGAAACAACUAGAGAAAAAUUUUCAGCAGAGGAAAAGAAACGGGAUCCAAGAUUAUAUGCAGCCUUCUUUAUAUCAGAAAAGAAACAACCCCAAUGGGCUAUAUCAGUGGAAGAAGCAGAAACUUUACUACGUGAACCGAAAAGGCUAAGAAUAGAUUUAUUACGUGAUAUGCUAGGAAAUAAUAAAGUUGUUGUUAAAAUAGAAAAGAGAGUAACUAGAACAAAUAGUGAUGUUUCAUUGAGUGAGAGCUUAUAUGACACAUUGUUUUCUGAAGAUGACACAAAAAAUAAUGAUAAUGAACGUUCUAAAAACAAAACGAGAAAUAAAUCUUUAGAUGUAUCAGAAGUUGUUACAGCUUGUUUAGAUAACAUGGCUGCAAAAACUGGUAUAACUAAAAUUCAAAAACAAUCUCACAUGGACAGGUGGUUGCAUAAAGCAAAAUCAAAAACACCUGAAAAAUCUUUUUAUAAAUCACAAAAUAAAACUGAUAAAGAAUGCAAAUCGAACAAUGCAAAAUUAAAAUCCAAUGAAAAUUGGUCAAGACGAUCCCUCAGUCUUAGACGAUCUAGAAAAGAAUCUCAUGAUAUAAUUGAGGUUAAACUGUUAUCACAUCAAAAUGAACACGAUUAUAGUAAGAAAAAUGAUGAAGAAUUUACUAAACCUAUUAACAAUGAUAAAGUUGAUAUGACAUUAAAAGAAUUAAAUGAACAUCCCCAAGGAAUCACAUUGAAUGAAUCACAAGAAGAAAUGGUUAAUGAGUCGACAAAUAAUCAAUAUAAUAAUGAAGAUAGUUUAGUACAAAAUCAAUUAAUUGCAAUGAAAAAGGAUUCAACUCCAACUAAACUAAAUGAUACUGAGCUAAUGCAAAUAGAUUUAAAUGAUAAAGAAUUAGCUAGAGCAAAUUCUGAAACGCUGCCUAAUAGUAUAGAUGAAGUUAGCAAUGAAUUUGAAGAUGUCACUUAUCUAGACCAAAAUAAAGACAUCUUAGAUAAUUCUGUUUUAGAAAAGAAAGUUCAAACUGUAGAUAUUGAACAUAGUGUUAAUGAAAUUGUGGAUUCAAAGUCGAAUUCUGUCCGAGAUGAGAGAAAUAUUGUUGUUGUGACUAAUUUACAAAAGACACAAAUUAACAAAAGUAUAGAUAUUAAGAAAAAUCAUGUUGAAGUAAAAGAAUUAGACCAUGGGAAAUCAAAGAGUGUAUCAAAUAAGAAUUUGUUUGAUUUUAUGGAUUCUAAUGACACAGAAAUACACGCGAAACCUAUAGAAAAUUACGUAGAUUUGAUAAAAUCAGACAAUGAUUCGUCAAACAAAAGAUUAUGUAAAUCUAGCGAUGUAGAAAUGGGCACAGAAAAUAUAGAUAACCCAGAGAAUUGUAAAAAUCAUGAAGAUUUUACUGAAUCAGACAAUAAUAGAUCAAAAAAUAUGCCAGACAAGAAUUUAUGUGAGUCCAAUGAUAUAGAAAUGGAUGAAGAAAUUAUAAAUUUGCCAGAUAAUAGUGAAAAUCAUGUAGAUUUCAUUGAGCCAGACAAUCAAAUAUCAAAAAGUAUAUUGGACAAGAAUUUAGACGAGUCCAAUGAUAUAGAAAUGAAAGAGAUUUGUGAAAACCAAGUUUUAAAUGUAAAAAAUUCAAGUACAACUGUUUGUGAGUCAAUAGUAUUGAAUAAAUCACAGAAACUAAAUAAAAUAAAAGAUAUAGAGAAUAACCAGACAUCAGAGAACCAAAAAUCAGAUUCAGAAGAGAGUGAGGAAUCAAUUGAUAGUAGAUCUUUAAAAGAUGACGAUCAGAAUCAAAUUGUAGAAGACAAUCAUGAAAAAUUGAAUAAUGCUAAUGUAAAAUUAAUUAAUUCUAACGAUAAUGAAGUCCCUAAUUCUUUCUCGAGUGGUUAUUCAAGUUCAAUUCCAGAUGAAAAUGAUGUGGAGUAUAAUCUAAUACAAAUUUUUAAUGAUAAAGAAAUUUCUUCAAACAUAAAUGAUAGUGAUUCGACAUUGACUGAGGAGAAAUUGCCAAACUCUAAAACAUUACCCGAAGUUAUUAGAGAGAAUAGUGAUAUUAAUAAUCUCGAUAACACAAACAAUUUCAUUGAUAAAGUAAAUAAUAUGCUGGAAAAUAAAGAAAUUGGUGAAUUACAUAAGAAUAUUAUCGAAGAGACAGAUAUGGACGAUAAUCCAGAUCAAAAACAGACUAGCGUUUUUAAUGACGAAAUGAAUUCCACAGAAGUUGUUACUAAAGAAAAAAGUAACUCUGAUAAUCAAUCAGCCAAAAGUUUAAAUUCAGAUGUAGAAUCAGUAACUUCUGAAAAUACAGAAGAAUUAAGUUCCAAAAAUCUUAAAUCGGAGCUUGAUAAGAAUGAGACAAAUAUAGAAGAGUCACAGAAGACGAAUUGGAAAGUCAAAGAGGUUAUCGACGAUAAUAAAUCAUUGAAAAUAACAUUAGACAGAACUGUUGAAAAGAAAUCAAAUAAACCAUCUAAAAAUGAAUUCGAAGAUCCAGAAUUUUUAAAGUAUUUAGAAUUUCGACAAGACGCAUUAAUUGACGAACAUCCUGAACUAACACAAGAUGAAAUAACACGUUACUUGUACAAAACUUGGCUAUAUGAGGAAAGUUCAAAAUCUGAAAGUAAACGUACAGACGAAAUGGAACAAGCUAAUUUAGUUAAAGGUUUAAAAAAAGAAACAACACAACCAAAAAGAGUGAAAAAGAAAAUAAAAGUAGACAAAGAAAUUAAUGACGAUGAGGAUUUUAUACCUAAAUCAAAAUCUAAACGAAGAAUUGCAAGACCAUAUUACAAUGAAGAUUUCAAUGAAAAUUCAGAUUUAGAUAUGGAAGAUGAAGUACAAUUAUUUGAAAUUUUCAAAAAUAAAUCAAACAGACAGUUUAAAGAGAAAAAUAAUGAAAAUUCAAAUGAGGAACAAAUUAAUAUUCCAAACGGAAGUACAGAGGAAUCUCGUAAUGACGCAAACUUUUUAAGUGACGAUGAUUUUGAUCAAGUCGAAGAAUAUUUCAGACAACUCACUGAACCAAAGCCGAAUUUAUUUAAAGGCCUUUUAAGAGAAAAAGUUUGUGAGAUUUGUGAGAAAAUUGGUAAUCUAAUUAAAUGUAAGGGUUGUCAUUAUGUGUUCCAUGUUGAAUGUACUAAAAAAGAGACAGAAGUUAUUGAUAAACAAUUACCUACUAGAGGAAGAAAGAAGAAGAAGAGAAAUAGAGGUAGAAAACAGAAAGGUUUAGAUGAUUCAAACGGCUUGGAUGGUGACAGUCAGAGUGAUGAGAAAUCUCAAGAAUUGAAUGCAUCUGAAGAAAAUUUAUCAAUAGACGAAGUUGAAUCUCAUAUAAUCGUAGACGCGAAUAACUUCGAAGCUCAAUUGAGUGAUAAAAUGAAAGAAAUACUCGACACACAAAACGAGUAUGACUUAGAUUCAAGUGAACAAGAACUCCAUUGGAGCGAUACAGAAGUGGGUAAAUGUAAAAUAAUCGAUAUCAAACUACCAAAGAAAAAUCAGAUAUCGGAUACAGAUUAUUCUGAUUUCAAAUGCCAUAAUUGUGUACGAUAUGACAAACCUAUUUGUUUUGUAUGUAGAUCUGCCACUUCACCAAAAGAUGGCAUAGAAUUCAGACAGAGGUGUCAAUUGGCUCAUUGUAAUAGGUACUAUCAUUUAGAGUGUUUGGAACAUUGGCCUCAAACGCAAUAUCACUCUGGUGAAGUUCUUAGAAAUAAUAAAAAUAUUAAAGGGUUUUUCGAGCCUGUCGUUUGUCCGCGACAUGUGUGUCAUACGUGUGUCAGUGAUGACCCUAGAGGUUGUAAAACUAGAUUCAGUGGUGAUAAGUUAGCUCGGUGUGUGAGAUGUCCAGCGACCUAUCAUUCCUUCACUAAAUGUCUUCCCGCUGGUUCUCAGAUAUUGUCAGCGUCACAUGUGAUUUGUCCAAGACAUUACGAGCACAGGCCGGGCAAAGUGCCUUGUCAUGUGAACACUGGUUGGUGUUUCAUCUGUGCAUUGGGUGGUUCUCUCAUCUGCUGCGAGUACUGUCCCACUUCAUUCCACGCUGAGUGCCUUAAUAUCAAACCACCUGAAGGUGGAUAUAUGUGUGAGGAUUGUGAGACGGGAUGCUUACCUUUGUAUGGAGAAAUGGUUUGGGUCAAAUUAGGACAUUAUAGAUGGUGGCCUGGAAUAAUCCUGCAUCCGUCAGAGAUCCCUCCCAACAUCUUAGCUGUGAAACAUUCACCCGGAGAGUUUGUUGUCAGAUUCUUUGGUCAAUAUGAUCACUACUGGGUUAAUAGAGGACGAGUAUUUCCCUUCCAAGAAGGUGAUACGGGAAAAGUUUCAAAUCAGAAGUCAAAGAUUGAUGCAGCAUUCAAUAUGGCGAUGAAACACGCGCAAAGAGCUUGCGAGAUAUUGAAAAAAGUGUCACCAAAUGAAGAAGAGCCUCCGGAUUUCGCAUCUUCUCUUCUCCCGCCACACUAUGUGAAGCUGAAGGUGAACAAGCCGUGCGGAUCUCUGUGCGGGAAGAAGAUAGAUGUAGAGGAGAGCUCGCUGACACAGUGUGAGUGCAAUCCUGAUGAAGAGGAUCCUUGUGGACCUUACUCACAGUGUCUCAAUAGGAUGCUGCUAACAGAGUGUGGUCCAUCUUGUCGUGCGGGCGAGCGUUGUAAUAACCGAGCGUUUGAGAAGCGCCUCUACCCCAAACUGGUGCCAUACCGCACCCCACAGAGGGGGUGGGGGUUGAAGACUUUGGAGGAUAUCAAAGCAGGUCAAUUCGUGAUAGAGUAUGUGGGAGAAAUAAUAGAUGAAGAGGAGUUUAAGAGAAGAAUGCAGAGGAAAUACGAGAUACGAGAUGAGAACUAUUAUUUCCUAACUCUAGAUAAAGAGAGAAUGAUUGAUGCUGGACCUAAAGGGAAUCUGGCUAGAUUCAUGAAUCACUGCUGCGAGCCGAACUGUGAGACACAGAAGUGGACGGUACUGGGUGAUGUCAGAGUGGGACUGUUUGCUAUGAGAGAUAUACCAGCUAAUAGUGAAGUUACUUUCAACUACAAUCUCCAAUGCGCUGGAAUUGAGAAGAAACAAUGUCUUUGCGGAGCUAAAAGAUGUUCAGGUUAUAUUGGAGCUAAACCUAAACAGAACGAACAACCAAAGAAGAAAAAGGACGUAACAAAACGUACAUAUAAAAAGCGUAAAGUGGAAUAUUCUCCAACUGUUAGACCGAAGCCUGUCAAACGACAAACAUCACGCUCUAACCCAAAGGAGCUGACAGAGAUAGAGAAAGAUUUACUUAUUAUAAAACUUGCUACAAGUGGAAUGUCAAGUGAUUCAGAUUGUAGCGGGAGAUUGAGUGUAGAUAGUGCUAAAGAGAGAAGAAAUAUGAAAAGAAAUAGAGAUAAAAUAUCUUGUGAUGAUUUAUAUAAUGAUUUUUCUUCCAGUAAUAAAAGAUUUAAAGAAGAUGAUUGAUUUGUAAAAAUGGCGGAUUCCAAAGAAAUCUUCUUAUAUAUAAAAUUCUCGUGUCACAGUUUUCGUUCCCGUACUCCUCCGA